GGCCCUGAGCCCGGCAGCACCAUGUACGAGCUCAACGACAGCAGCUUUGACCCCAUCACCUUCGUGCUGAUGGGCAUCCCGGGCAUGGAGGAGUCCCACGUCUGGAUCUCUGUCCCCUUCUGCCUCAUGUACAUCACUGCUGUGUUCAGCAACGCGGUCCUGCUCCUCAUCAUCGCCACGGACCGCAGCCUCCACGAGCCCAUGUACCUGUUCCUGGCCAUGUUGGCCGUCGCCGACCUCAUGCUCUCCACCACCACCGUGCCCAAGAUGCUGGCGAUCUUCUGGUUCAGCGCACGCGAGAUCUCCUUCGAUGCCUGCGUCACACAGAUGUUCUUCACCCACUUCAGCUUCAUCGUGGAGUCCUCGGUGCUCCUGGCCAUGGCCUUCGACCGCUACGUGGCCGUGUGCCACCCGCUGCGCUACGCGGCCACGCUCACGCCCUCGGUCAUCGGCAAGAUGGCAGCGACCGCGGUGAUCCGCGCCUUCUGCAUCAUGUUCCCCCCCAUCUUCCUCCUCAAGCGCCUGCCCUACUGCGGCCACAACGUCAUGCCCCACACGUACUGCGAGCACAUGGGCAUCGCGCGCCUCGCCUGCGCUGACAUCAGGGCCAACGUGUGGUACGGGCUGACCACGGCGCUGCUGUCCUCGGGGCUGGACGUGGUGCUCAUUGCCGUGUCCUACGCGCUCAUCCUCAGGGCCGUGUUCCGCCUCCCGUCCCCCGAGGCGCGGGUCAAGACCCUGAGCACCUGCGGCUCCCACCUCUGCGUCAUCCUCAUGUUCUAUGUGCCUGCCUUCUUCUCCUUCCUCACGCACCGCUUCGGCCACCACGUCCCCAGCCACGUCCACAUCCUCCUGGCCAACCUCUAUGUCGUGGUGCCGCCGAUGCUCAACCCCAUCGUGUACGGGGUGAGGACGCGGCAGAUCCGGGAGCGCGUCACCCGCCUCUUCUGCCCCAUGGGGAGGUGUCCCUGUCCUGCCUGCGGGAGGAGGUGCUGA